AUGUCAGCAGACCAAGAACCAACUGCCCCUCGAUCGGUACUCCCCUAUCCACCAAUCCACGAGGAUGCUCAGUUCGUCGUACUUUCAGAUUGGGACGGAACGAUAACGGAUAAAGAUUCGAAUGAUUAUAUCGUUGAUAACUUAGGUUUCGGAUUUGAUAAACGACGAGAACUCAACCUCGAAUGUCUAUCAGGUCGAAUGUCAUUCCGAGAUUCGUUUAGACAGAUGUUGGAAUCUGUGCAUCAUCCUUUUGAGGAAUGUAAAGAGGAGUUGAAGAAGAAUAUCAAGCUCGACCCAGGAUUCGUAAAUUUCUACACCUGGUGUAAAUCUCAAAACAUCCCCUUCGUAAUAGUUUCAUCAGGUAUGGCACCCAAUAUCAAAGGCGUCUUAUCAACUUUGUUGCCUGGUCCAGAUACCGAAAAUAUCGAUAUAAUAGCCAACGAAGUUGAAUUUACCGAUCCAGCGAAGAAAGGAGAUACGUGGGAGAUUGUCUACAGACAUCCUGAAAGUGGUUUCGGACAUGAUAAGUCCCAGGCCAUAUUGCCUUAUAGGAGUUUAAAACAUAAACCCACGUUGUUUUUCUGUGGGGAUGGUGUCUCUGAUCUCUCUGCUGCUAAACAUGCCGAUUUAUUAUUCGCCAAAGUCAUGGCUAAUGGACAUUCGGAUUUGAAGACUUUUUGUGAAAGAGAGAAGAUCCCUCAUGUACCGUUCAAGGAUUUCAACAAGGUACUCGAAAGGGUAAAGGAAGUAGUGGAGGGUAAAUCUAUAGAACAGGUUUUGAAAGAGGAAGGGAAUUAG